ACCAAGCACGCGGACCCUGGCGCGGCGGCGGCGGGCGGAAACUUCACCUUGCCUCAUUUAGAAAGCCGACACUGUCCUCACAGUGCGAGUACGGGCACACACAACCGCGGGACGAGGAUGAAAUAGAAAGGUUUUUAUUAACAGGUGUCAGUCGGGGAACAGUCACCUUUCGUCCUGCUGUAUGCGGCUCACUCGUGCGCUUCCCGUGACAUGACAACACUCCGCACGCGCCUCAUUCCGUCGCAUUCACUUGCUGUCCACGAGCGGCCACGAUGGUUAAAUGUCCCUUUUAAUGGUCGAGAGGUGUGGAGCAGUCGCAUUUAAAAGGUCGGAGCAGAAUGCCAUACAAGUUCGCAUGCUGGUCUUUUUUAUCACUCUGCACUCAUUUCUCUCUGUCCUUCUGUCAUUCCUGCCACUGAUUCUGUCUCUCCCUGCAGUCUCUAUUCCUCUGUCCUACAUCCCGACUUGCUACUAUCUGUUCUCCUCUUACUCACCCAUGGCUACCUGACAGUAAGCUUCUCCUUCUGCCAUCUCUCUUCCUUUUUCACCACCAUCCUUCUUUCUCUUCCCUCCCUCAGUUUCAACCCUGUGUUUACUUUGAUCUUUCCUUUCCUUGCACCUGUCUGUCAUCCAUCUGUUUUCUUUCGGUGUGAGGAUGCCAGUGCUGGAGGGGCUUUGGGGCCAAGAUCUCAGGAUGCGGGACUCUGGUCUUGGUGUUGGGGUUGAAGUCGGGGUCUGUCCAGAUGAGGCCCCCCGCUCGCCAGUCUGGGGGCCUCUGAGGAUGCCUCCGGUGACCUGCGGGGGCCUGUCGCUGGCCCUGGAACUUCCAGCUCUCAUACGGCAGCUCAGGGCAGCCUGGAGAGCUCGCAGGGGCGGCCCCCUGGGGCCUGAGAGAAGUCAGGCGAGCACUUGGGUAGAAGAAGAGAAGGAUGAGGUAGAGGAGGUGAAGCAUGACAUAGAGGACAGGAGCGCUCAUCUGGAAGCUGAUGGCAGACUGAACACUGGUCAUGCUGGUGUGUUGCUGGUUGAGAGACGAGGCUCCUACCCGCUGAUUGACCUGCGCAUCCUCAAAACCAGUGCCCAGCAGGGGGAAGUAGAGUCCGGCACCAGGAGAAAGAUUAAGCGUCUGCUGAGCUUUCAGAGAUACUGCCACGCCUCCAGGCUGCUCAGGGGGUUGGUGCCCCACACCCCCGGGUCACUACACCUACUAGACGACGACUACCUGGGACAAGCUGCGCACAUGCUAUCAAAAGUAGGCACAUGGAACUUUGACAUUUUCCUCUUCGAUCGUCUUACAAAUGGUAACAGUCUGGUGACUCUGAUGUGCCAUCUCUUCAAUGUCUACGGUCUCAUUCACCACUUCCAGCUGGAUAUGGUCAAGCUGCACAGGUUUCUCGGCAUGGUGCAAGAGGACUACCACUCCCAGAAUCCUUAUCACAAUGCUGUUCACGCUGCCGAUGUCACUCAAGCCAUGUACUGCUACCUGAAGGAGCCCAAGCUGGCAGAGCAGCUGAGUCCUCUUGACGUGUUCCUGGGUCUGAUGGCUGCAGCCGCCCACGACGUGGACCACCCCGGGGUCAACCAGCCCUUUCUCAUCAAGACCAGACACCACCUGGCAUCCCUCUACCAGAACACGUCCGUGCUGGAGAGUCACCACUGGAGAUCCACUGUGGGCAUGUUACGAGAGUCGGGACUGCUAUCCCAUCUGCCUGCUGACAUGUCGCAGGACAUGGAACAGCAGCUGGGCUCUCUCAUUCUGGCUACAGACAUCAGCAGGCAGAAUGAGUUCCUGUUGACCUUCAGAGAACAUCUGGACAACCAGGACCUGGACCUUCAGCUGGCUUCACACAGGCACUUUAUACUGCAGAUUGCUCUGAAGUGUGCGGAUGUCUGUAAUCCGUGUCGGGUUUGGGAGCUGAGCAGACAGUGGAGUGAGAGGGUGUGUGAAGAAUUCUACAGGCAGGGUGACCUGGAGAGAAAGUUUGACUUGGAGAUCAGUCCUCUGUGUAACCAGCAGGCAGACUCUGUCCCAUCCAUUCAGAUAGGGUUCAUCUCUUACAUCGUGGAACCCCUGUUUGAGGAGUGGCACCGCUUCACCGAGCCCAGCCUGCUCAGCCAGACCAUGAUGGGUCACCUGCACAAGAACAAGGCCCGCUGGAGCCGCCUACGAUAUGCACACACACCUUCAGACACGCAAACACACUCCCAUGCUGAGGAGCCUGAGCCUGAAGGAGGCGGAGGAGAGGGGGAAGACAUCCCUUAAUCCUUCUCCUGUUUCCUAAGGCGUUUCAUCUUCCUUUGUGAACGGAGGAGAGGAGUGUGCAUCCACCUCCUUGUUUGUCCUCCUGCAUAUUUUCUCCCACUGCUGGUUGUUCACAGGCUUUGAAAGUGGGAGCCCUAAAUGGGAGAUGGCUUGGAUUCAUGUGAAAUGGCUCCCUAUGCUGGAGUGGAGGACUGAAGCCCUGAAGGGGGAAAAAAAGAAGAUUCAUAGUGGGGCUGAUGGAUGGACGGAUCUUAGUAAAUAUAUGCCAAUUUGACAAAAAAGUCAUGCCUUUCUCUUUAACCCUGUGAUAUCUGCUUCAAAGUAUCUGAGAAAAGCAGGGACAGAAUUAAAAGGUUAUGGCUGAUGGCAGAAGAGGGAUCGAUGAAGACAAAUAUUUAUCUGUUUGCACAAUGCUGCUGGAACAAUAAAGAAAUGAAAAAGCCAAAAUUAUACACAAGUCAGUGGAAAAGAGUACAUAAAAUAUAUGAAAUAAAAGAGGAAUAUAUGAAUAUAUCCACUAUAUGAUGCUUUUUAAACUUUUAGACAAUUAAGCUCUUUACACUUUUUUCUCUUUUUGUACAGCUUGCACUUCUAUUGGAUGCUCUUUCAUACAAGUGUCUCACUUGUCUACUUUUCAAUGAAGUGUGUUUUUAACUCAAGCACUAAGUUGGUAUGUCAAGGUACUAUUAACUGUACUUCGUAUUCUGUUUUAAUUGUGUAACCUGUAAGACUGACUGAACUGACGGACACAUUAAUGACUGAUGCAAAGUGGCUUUACAUGGAUGUUUUUAGACUGAUGUGGAGAACACAAACGAGAGCCAUUUUUUAAAAAAGUGUUUGUGUUCAUGUAUGUAAUGUUAUGUAUGUAAUGUUAUAAACAGUAUAAUCUGUACAUACUGUGACCUCAGCACUUCACAUGCCAAAAUCUCAGCAAUGUAUCAACCUUUCUACUGGGUAUGGAUAUUGGGAAACAUAACUCGUACACUGGUGUUACCUUUGUAACAACUUAGUGGGUGAAUUUAUUUGUCCCGUAACCUCACUUUACAAGCUCAUAUACAACAAAGCCUUAACAGCAAGUUGGUCUGUCUAACACAUUUUAUUAUGGUGUUAUACCAUUUUCUGGACAAGUUUUCUUACACCUACAGUUUCUGCCUGUUUCUCUUCAGCCAUACCAGCAACACACUCAUAGUACUGUAGCAGCUUAUUUCCUGUUUCAUCUUUCACCCACUAUCAGGGUCAGAUUGGGUCUUAAUGCCCUUUCAGCAUUGCCAAGGUGCCAAUGUACUGUUUUGACACAUUAACUCACUGCUCUGUUACCUCUAUAAGGCGUUUAUUACUUUCUUUUUUGCACUUGCUGCAGCUACUGUGUGCACUGUGUCUUAUGUCAUGAACAGACUUGGGCCAAUUAGUAAUUGCAAAUAUCUCUAAUACUAAUAUAAAAGUAACUAUAUACUGCAGUGAAUAUCAUGGCGAUUAAGAUGUCUGUUACAAAAAAGUAUAUACAUUAUUAAAAAUAGAAUUCAUCGUCUUAAAUGUUACUUUUAUAUCUGCAACUGAGUAAAACAUAUAGAGCUGAUAAAACCUAAAAAGUAAAAGUAUAUAAAGUAUUUGUAAAUACUACUUGGUCCAAGUGUAAGUAGUACUGAUAUAAAAAGUAUUUUUUUUAACACUCUGCUCUAAAUAUGUAUAGAUAAAGUUGUCACAUUUAAGAUUGGCGUCUGGUAUGGUCGAGGCUGUGUACACGGUGCUAACAGAGGCCCAGGCCCCACGUCUUCCCUGACAUGUAGAGGAAUAACCUGAGUUUUAUGAUUCUAACAACCCAGCCAACACAGUACACACAGUAUAUCCUCCAUACAUCACAGCUCAAUUAUUAUAUAUUAUAUAUAUAUAUAUAAAAUUAAUUUCUUUUUUAAAAAUAACUGAUAUAAGCCUCUUCUAUGGGGUGCCUCUAUAAUAUGUAUCUAUAUUUCUGGUAAUUAUAAGAAAAUUGUUCAUAUGUAGCACUCCAUUGGCUUUGCUGAAACUCACACUAAACUCUGUAAGUCUGCUGCUGUAGUGUAGACCGAGUCGAGACAAGAGGCCUCAGGCUGCCUUUAAAUACCUCUCAGAAUCAGCACUGAAACAGGGUCACUGAGCCAUACUGGUUUCACUAUUACAGUAGUGUACAAACAUGUACUGGAUGUGUUUAAUAAAAAUGUGUAUGCCAGAGUGAUUAUUAUACUAGACUCACAAUAAUUAUCAUUGUAUUAAAAAAUCUGUGAAUUUACUGUAAUGGGAAAAGAGAAACUGGUACAGUUUAUAACAUUAGACACAAAGAACUGACAAAAUUCAUGCAUGUUCAAGAGUAGCCACUGUGUUAAAUCAACUACUCUGAUGCAGUUCCACCCCAGAUUUAAUAGUGUUGUCCAGUAGUAUCAUUGUGAUCAAUCGCCUGAUGGUUUAAAGGCAAACUUGAAGCAAGUCACUGAGACUGAUGCACCAUUUGAUAAACUGAACAUGCCACUGUGGAAAACAAAUCUCACCACAAGGUCCAUCUAGCAGUGGCUCUGGAGCUUUCCCUCAUGAUCCCAGUCGUCAUGGAGUUGUAAAUGUUCACCUUUCCAAUUUCUCCAAAUACUUUGAGCACUUGUUUUCCACGUUGGCUCAAAGGUUCAUUCUUAACCAACAGUUGUUUUUUUUUCUUCAUCAGCAGAUGGAAUUUGCCAUCUGUGUAGGUGUUUAGAUUUCCGUACAGAUAGCUACUGAUAGCAGCAGAGAGCUACAGUACAUGCCAGCUACCAUAAGGACUAUUUUGUCGAAAAGUAAUCUUCUGCUUAGUAAUUAUAGAAUUUUUGAAUGAAACCCUUCAAAUGAAGCCUAUGCUAUCUCAAAUGAAUACUGACUAACUAACAGUGCACCUGAGUUAUUAAAUAUGUUUGCACUAUGUUCAUCAGUCAAUCCAAACAAGUCACACUGAAUCUGAAUCUCUGUAUUUUGGUGUUUGUAUGGGUCAUCUGACAUCUUGACUGUAUAUUUCUGUUCUGACAACCAACCUCUGAGCACUGUGAACAAUAAAAUAAAUGUUUUUUUCAGUUAACAUCCAAUGCACUAAA